AUGGCGGCGCUGGAGUCGAACUACGCCUACCAGGACUCGGCGCUGCUGGGCGACUACACCACCGACAGCUGCGAGCCGCUGCAGCCCCAGAACCUGACGUUUUUCCGCCGCCUCGAACUCUCGCUCGACGGCGACGCCACCGACACCACCAUCGACCCCCCACCCGUUCCCGACACCGACACCACCGCCGCCAGCACUGUCCACCACCCCCCUAAACAACAACCUCCACACGACACCGUCGACACCAUUCUCGCGUCGUCGUCGUCAGCGGCGGCGCCGCCCGGCGCCGGCGCCAGCGCCCCCCAUCACGGCGCCGACCCCAGGAUCGCCCAGCUUGAACACCGGGUGGACGAUAUGGCCGAACAGAUACAGAUGUUGCAGAGGGCGCUCGCCCGCGCCGAGUCGGAGCGGGACCAGCUGCGGGAACAGCUCCGCCAGCUUCGCCAGCAACCCCCGCCGCCGCCGCCGCCGCCGCCGCGGGACCCGGCGCUCACCACCCAGCCGUCGUUGAACGUGAUGAUGAAGGAGUUCCGCCUCGGGCGGGGGGUGCGCCCCGCCGUGGUGGCGUCCCCCGCCACCGCCGCCGUGUUUGACGACCUGAUGAUCACGACGCUGACGCCGGCGAAGUCGGCGUUCAUCGACGGCAGCGCCACCCCGCUCCAGCCAGCGACGGCGGGUCCGUCGGGGCUGCCACCGUCGCUCGCCCCGUCGCCGACGCCGGCGAGACACGUGCCCCUGGGCCCCCACCGGGUGCCGCUACCGCCAGCAGCGCCAGCAGCGCCAGUAGCGCCGGCGCCCGCCGGCGGCGACGGCUGCGACGACCACCAGCGGCUCCAACGCCGUGUCGACGAGCUUGUCGAGGAGAACGAACGGUUACGGCGAGAGAACGCCGACUUACACCGCCAGGUCGGCGACGGCCUGACGGCGACGACGGCGGCGCUGUUCCCGCGGUGGCUCCAGCGCGAGUACCGCGAGCGCCACUUGGAUAAGUUUGACCGCUGGAGCAAAGUGAAGCUCGCCAACUGUCUCAAGAUCACCGUGCUCGAGUUACUCCACUGUCGCGACCCCGACGAGUACGUCAAGGCGACUCGGGUGGCGGCGAAGCACUUGCGGGUGAUGCACGCGUUCUGCGAGCUGCUCUACCACGCGUGCUUCCCCCGCCGCCACCAGUGGCUUGUCGACGCCAUCGCCGCCGGCGACGUCGUCUUCUUCACCAACGCCAUCGACCGGUUGGUGUCCAAGUUCGACUUGACCACCUACGAAGACUUUCUCCGCCAGAAAUACGACGCCCCGCCCCGCCAGCCUGACAAAUACCUCCCUUCUUCCCCCUAG